AACGAAUUAUAUCUGGUAUACCACGUUCUCGACGAGCACGUGACAUUCAUAGAACCUUUGCCGGCGAUAUUGGCCCUGGUGACCCUAGUACAAGCUCUCGUGAAGAAAGGACUGAUCGGUUGGUUGACUUAUUCAAACCUCCUUUUGAAAUUAUGCACAAAGAAAGCUUUGAAAGGACACGUACAAAGGCUCGAAAUGAAGGAAAAUGGCUAAUGGUCGAUAUUCAACAAAUAACCGAAUUUUCUUGUCAAGUACUCAAUCGAGACUUGUGGAGUGAUCAAACUGUUCAAGACGUGAUCAGAGCACAUUUUCUCUUUUUGCAAUUUAACGCAGACACUGCCGAUGGACGUCAAUACAUAAAUUUUUAUCCCAUUGAGAGCUACCCACAUAUAGCGAUAAUUGAUCCGAGAACAGGUGAAAGAUUGAAAGUGUGGAACACUCCGAUGGAACCGACUGAGUUUAUAAUUAGUGUUACUGAUUUCCUGGAGCGUUAUUCUUUGACUGAUUAUUCAAGAAAUCCGCCACAGAAGUCUAGUUCCUCUAAGUCAUUUUUAGAUAUGUCUGAGGAAGAACAAAUAAUGGCAGCUUUGAAAGAGUCCAGAGUUUAUAAUAAUGAAGUCGAACAAGAAUCUGAUGAAGAUGAAACGAUGGAUGUAGAACCCGAGUCAUUUGAAAAAGAAACAAAUAUUGUAACUGAGGAAACAGUUAGUUCGACGUUUGAUAAAAUCCUCCCCGUAGAAAGAAUUGAAGUAGCCGGUCCAAGUACGACGGCGAUAAAAUUCCGUCUUCCAGAUGGAAAGAACAUUAUGCGACGUUUUGACAGAUCCGAUCCCGUGCGAUAUUUAUUCGAAUUCAUCAAGGUGUCGAUUCCCGAGGCUCAGGAACAGCCAUUUGAAUUGGUUUAUCAUAGAAAUAAUCUGAUUAAUCAAGUUGAACAAACUGUAGAUGAGGCUGAAUUAUCUAAUGCUGUUGUUAAUGUAGUAUUUGGAUAA